CGGCGCCAGACCGACCCUCGGCUUCGGCGAGGCAGUGCGGUUCCUUUGGGCGCUGCCGCACUCCCUCAGCCUCCGGCUCCGGCUCAGGCUUCAGCUCCGGCUGCAGCUGCGGCUGCCUCCCCCGAGUCGCGCUCUCUCGGUGGAUGUUCCACCUCUGACCGGACAAGAGAUAUGUCCACUCCGGCCCGGCGCCGUCUUAUGAGAGACUUCAAGAGGUUGCAAGAAGAUCCUCCAGCUGGAGUGAGUGGCGCUCCUUCGGAGAAUAACAUAAUGGUUUGGAACGCGGUCAUUUUUGGGCCUGAAGGGACUCCAUUUGAAGAUGGAACAUUUAAGCUUACAAUAGAAUUCACUGAGGAAUAUCCGAAUAAACCACCUACUGUCAGAUUUGUCUCUAAAAUGUUUCAUCCGAAUGUUUAUGCUGACGGUAGCAUAUGUUUGGAUAUACUUCAAAACCGCUGGAGCCCGACCUACGAUGUAUCUUCUAUUUUAACAUCUAUCCAGUCUCUGUUGGAUGAACCUAAUCCGAAUAGUCCGGCAAACAGCCAGGCCGCCCAGCUGUACCAAGAGAAUAAGAGGGAAUAUGAAAAACGUGUUUCUGCAAUAGUAGAACAAAGUUGGCGUGAUUGUUGACCACAAGUAGAAGAGGGUGGUCAUACAAAAAAAAUGUGUGUUUAUCACAUUAUUACUGCUAAUGUCAUUACAUUUACUUUAUAAAAGCAAAUAGCUGUUGUGCUGUUUCUGUCUUC